AUGCACCCAACAGUGCCAUUGCUACUUCCACGUAAAGCCAGUGCAGAAGCAGAAAUCGGAGGGUACAUUAUUCCUAAGGGUGCACAAGUUCUGAUCAAUGCUUGGGCAGUAGGCAGAGAUUCCAGUGUUUGGGACAAUCCAAACUUGUUUAUGCCGGAAAGAUUUUUGGGGUCCGAAAUCGAUGUUUUAGGAAGAAACUUUGAGCUUAUUCCCUUUGGUGGUGGGAGGAGAAUAUGUCCGGGUAUGCCAUUGGCUAUGAGAAUGUUGCCAUUGAUGUUGGGUUCAGUUCUCAACUGUUUUGAAUGGAAGCUUGAAGAUGGAGUUGUACCUGAGACUAUGAACAUGGAAGACAAGUUUGGCCUUACUUUACAAAUGGCUCACUCUCUGAGGGCUGUUGCCAUCUCGUAA